AUGGAUGUGUUCAAUGCUUUUCUUCAAGGUGAUCUGAAUGAAGAAGUGUACAUAGAAUUACCUUUGGGGUUUUUCCAUAAAGACAUGGGAUUAUCAAGCUCAAAAAUGGUUAGAGCUAACCAGAAACUCAUAACUGCAGAGUUUGACUUACACAUUUCACCUACUGAUGAAAAGGACAUGUUGCUGGAGGAUCCUAGUAAGUAUCAAAGCCCAAAGACUGCUCAUAUGGAUGGAGGAAUAAAGGUGGUUAGAUAUGUUAAACAAUCACCAGGACUUGGGAUACUUAUGGCAGUUGAUAGUGUAAAUGAGCUGACUGCAUAUUGUGAUGCAGACUGGACAUCAUAUCCAAAUAAUAGAAAUUCCAUAACUGAUUAUAUGGUUACAUAUGGAAAAUCACUGAUCUCAUGA